AUUAAUGAUUAAGUGGUGUAGUAAACACUGUGACGUGGAUCACACGCGGGUGCAUUUUGCUGUGCACAAGUGAUUACUCGUAGUGUAUUGCAGUAACUUAAAUCGAAAGCUUGACGCUGCACGGUUGACGGUAACUUUCUAUAGUAUAAAUAUGUACCUGUAAAAAAUGGCAGAAGAAAAUAACAUACGACAUCGCUCGCGAGAAUCGAAAUCAAAUGGAAUUAUCGAACAUCGGAACGAAAAGAUACAGGAUCCGGAGUUCAAGCCCAGAGAAUCUCCCCUAACGUUUCUUAUAAAGACUUCGCUUCACAUAAGAGCUAUGUAUCACAUUUUUGUUGUGAUACUUGUAGUGUUGUUAUUCGACACAGUCAUCUACGACCUCGUGGAACGUGGCAAGAUAAAUAUAGCGACAAGCACAGUGAAAUACGGUUUUGGAGACAUCGGUCGCGGCGCUAAACUCUGGCUCUUCGAGUUUGCUAUCGCUCUCUCCUUCUACCCGGGACUACUGGUCUAUGUCACCGGAGCGAGAUUAUUCAAAGAUCAUACUGGUCUUCGAAAGUUAUGGAAGACGGUAGCCAUCGCGGGGCUGGCGGGGCUCCAGGGCACUCUCGUCGCCGUGCCAGUGUGGGACCUGGGCAGGAAACAUCUGGCCCUCGCCUCCGCGGUCACCGUUACCUGCGAAAUGUUCCGUUUCGCAAUGAAAAUCCAUGCGAUAGCUGUAGCCUGCGCGCCUCGCUGGCGCGACGAUGGCGCCCCCCUUCCGACGUUCAGGCAUUAUCUCUAUUAUCUGUUUGCGCCGACGCUUAUUUACCGGGAUCAAUACCCGAGAACGAAGCAGAUCCGGUGGGGCUUAGUGAUAUUCAACUUCUUGGAAGUGGCAGCAAUCAUAUUCUACAACAGCUUUCUGUGGGAGCGGUUCAUUUUGCCCUAUUGGUCCGAGUACGGAAAAGAAAGCAAGGUGGAGGCAGGCACGGUAGUCCGUGGCAUGUUCGGGUGUGUGCUGCCUGGGGUGAUAUCAUUCUUGUGUGGAUUCUAUUGCGUUCUGCAUGCCUGGAUGAACGCCUUUGCCGAGAUGCUAAAAUUCGCAGACAGGCUAUUCUAUGAAGAGUGGUGGACGACAUCUCAAUUCUCCAAGUUCUACCGGGCUUGGAACCGCGUAGUACACUCUUGGCUGCGCGAUCACGUACACAAGCCGCUGAUCCCGUACACUGGUCGCGCUGGGGCUGUCUCCGUCGUGUUCUUCGUAUCGGCUUGCGCGCAUGAAGUGAUCUUAGCGCUGUCGUUCGGGUUCUUUUACCCGGUGCUGAUGAUACAGUUCGGGGUUUUUGGCCUCCUGAUGGUCCCCAUCACGGCCACCAGCGGCCGCCGGUAUCCUAGCGCCAUGAACCUGUUUAUGUGGCUGGCCUUUUUCUUUGGGAAUGGUAUUCUCUGGAGCCUGUACCCGAUGGAAUACUUCGCUCGCAAAAACUGCCCGCCCUCGGAAAAUGACAGCUUUUUCAUUCCCAAGUCGUGGACGUGCCCUGAAAUUGUUCUCAAACCCAAUUGGACAUUUCAAAAUCCUUUCUAAACCAUUUACAAUCCGUCUAAGCUAGUUCUGCACUAAGUCCACCGACUUUGACAGAAAAAACCGGCCAAGUUCCUACUCGCGUAGGACUCGCGUUCCAAGGGUUCCGUACAUUACACAAUUUAAACAAUGUAUUUUUUAUGUGAAACAUGAGUGAAAUGUCUGAAAAACCCGUAGGGGUCGGAUCAAAAACGGAGUAAUUAAGUCCGUCUCACGCUUGACUGCACAUUUUUAAUAGGUUUUUCCUAUAAUCUAUACGUAAAGAUCUAUUUUGUGUAUUUUUUUUCGAAAUAUUAGACCCAGUAGUUUCGAAAAAAAGGGGAAGGGGGAAUGGUAAUUUUUUGUCUAUUUUUUUUAAUAACUUCUUAUUUUUUUAUCCUAAAAUUAUAAAAAAAUAUAUAUUUAAGAUUCUCACAA